AUGCCAUUUCUCCCCCGCCGAAACGCCCAGAUUCCGCGAAUGAGCUCAAGAGAUCGAUGCCAAUUGGUGAUACGAGCAAGGUCAUUGACUUGAAAUCUGUUCUGGUUGAAGGACACUGAUUAUUGUCUCUCCAUAAGCAUAUGAAAGUUUAGGAAGUUAUUUUGAAAUGGUAAACGAUGGGAGCCAAAACGAUAAAAUUUGGAACACGGGCUCUCUGAAUGUGGGCUAUGGAGUUGGCAGUAGUUUCUAUAUGGGAGAUGGCAGUAUAAAUCAAAAUGGUCAUGUGACUCGUAUGCUACCUGGAGCAACAGUAAUGCAACCAUUGAUGGUCGAUGGAGGUUUGACGGACUGUUAUGUUGGGAGACAUAAUGAGAUUGAUGCAUUGAUAAAUGAUGAUGUAUACCAAAGUAUGAAUGUGAAAGAGGGACCUCCUAACCCUACUAUGACUGCAACUAUGGGUUCACAUGUACAGCAGUAUUUCAGUGACAAAAUUGUUUCUGUGCCUGGGACUCAAGAACAUUUUGCAGCUAUGCCACCAGCAUGUGUAGAUGGAAAAGAUAUAAAAAAUGUUGCUCUGGUACCAAGAAUUCGUAAAGAGGAGUCUAAAACAGAGGAAGAAGGGGAGGUUUAUGUCUCUGAUCUAGUAUGGGGUAAGGUGAGGAGACAUCCUUGGUGGCCAGGACAGAUAUUUGAACCUUCUGUUGCGUCACAGAAAGCAGUAAAAUGUUUCAAGAGAGACUGCUACCUAAUAGCCUUCUUUGGUGACAAGACAUUCGCGUGGAAUAAAGUGUCACAGAUAAAGCCAUUUCGGAUGUACUUCAAUCAAAUGGAGAAACAGUCUCAUAUGGGAGCCUUCUGCCAUGCCGUGGAUUGCUCAUUAGAUGAGGUCUCUAGAAGAAUCGAGUUUGGGUUGUCCUGUUCUUGUGUUCCAGAGGUAGUGCAACAUAAAUUUAAAACCCAGAUUGUGAUCAAUGCCGGCAUUCAACCAGAAUCAGUUCAAAGGGAUGGUGGUGACCAACUCUCAACCGUGGACUCUUUUAGGCCCGGGGUGCUUCUUCAACAUUUGAAGUCAAUAGCAGUUUCUCCGUGCUAUAGGGUUGAUAGAUUGGGAUUUGUAGUUGCAAGAUCUCAGAUGCUGUCAUUCAACCGUUGGAAGGGGUAUCAUAAGCUACCUGCAAUAGAAGAGUUUCAGGGAUUAGUGGGAUAUGAUACAAGAACCAAUGUAUCAUCAGGACUGGAUGGAAGUUCUGCUCUGUUUUCGGACAGUGAUUCUGGUAUUCCAUCUGUGAAGGUGAAGCCAACCACCAGAGAUCAUUCUUUUAUUCCAAAAGGGAAAAACUAUGAUGAGGAAACUGAUAGGGACGUGAACAUUCUUUGUUCUGGUAAUAAUAACGUCGAAGUAAGUGGUCAGAGUGAGUUUGGGCUAUCGCAGUCAUGUGUGCCGAAGGAAGUGCAAUACAAAUCUGAAUCCCAGAUCAUGGUCAAUUCUAGCCUUGAAGCAGAACCGAGUCAAAGGGCUUGUAGUGAAGUAAGUGAACAACUGUCAAUGACUUCGUUCGUGCCUGUAGCACUUCUUCAGUAUUUGAAGUCAUUAGCAGUGUCCCCAUGUUCUGUGACUCAUAAACUGGGAUCUGUAGCAGCAGGAACUCAAUUGCUGGCAUUCAGCCAUUGGAAGGGCUAUAAUGAGCCACCAGCAUUUAAAGAGUUUCAUGGACUGACGGGAUAUGAUGCUGGGACCACCAAUAUAUCAGCAGGUCUCGAACGAGGACCUGUUUUGUUUUCAACUGGCGAUUCCUUUGUCCCAUCUGGAAACGAGGAGCCGACCAUCAGUGAAUGUUCUUUCAGAAAGCGUAGACGACUUUCAAAGGAUAAGAAGUGCUCCCUUGGAAAUGAGGAAUUGCUGCAUGGCAACAUUUCAAGUUCGCCUAAUGAUGUGAAGGACUACAAGACUUUGUUCCCUCCUCUUAAUGAUGUUUUGUUAAAGCAUUCCAUAGCUGCUAAAGAUCCCACUGAUGGAUAUGGUGUUGUUGCUCCCCUCGCCGAUCUUUUUUCUGGCUUAAGGGAUUUUACUUGUGAAAAUUCCAAGUUGAAAAAUGAUGCAGUUUUGGUUCGUGAGUGCCGUGGAAUAGGCCCAUCCAAUGAGGAAACAAAUGAAUCAUCUGAGCUCGAUUGCAUAGAGGAUUCGUACUGGACGAAUAGAAUUAUCCAGGGAAACCCUGAACAGCCAGUAUUUUAUGCACCUGAAGCCCGAGAUGCGCAGAAUGCUCCUAUUAGUCUCAACCCAAGUGCAGGUGAACAGGAAAGAUGUGCCAUGCUUAUGCAGCCCAAAGCAGAGUAUCCAUCCUGUCUUGUUGACAGAGAAUGGGAUCCUAAAAGUGAGAAAGCAUCAUCUCCUGCAGAUGUUUUCCUAAAGCUUUCCAUGUCUGCAAAAGAACCCACAGAUGGAUAUGGUAUCUUGGCUCCACACGCCGAUUUUUUAUCUGGCGCAAGGGAUUUUGUCUGUGAAAAUCCCAAGUCUAAAGACGAUGCGAUAGGAAAAUGCUCAUCCAAUGAUGAAAUAACUGAAUCAUCUAUCCUUGAUGGCGUAGAAGAUGCAUACUGGACCAAUAGGAUUAUUCAGGGAACCCCUGAACCACUAGUAUUUCAUACCCUGGACUCCGAAGACGAGAAGAAUGUUCCUGUUACUCUCAACCCGAGUGCAGAUGAACAAGAGAGAAUUGGCAUGCUUAUUGAGAGUCCAUCUGGUCCUGUUGAUGGACCAAAGGACCUUGAAGCUCAUCAAUAUGAGAAGAUUCAUCCUGUUGGUGUAGUGCAGUUGGAUGGUGAUGAUUCGCCUGGUUCUGCAGAUGGGGAAACUGAGGAAGAUUACCCAACAGAACUGAUUAUGAACUUCAAAAACCCUGAUUGUGUUCCCUUAGCAGCAGACAUAAAUAAAGUGUUCAGUCAGUUUGGGCCUAUUGACGAGUCCCAGACCGAAGGCAUGCACAAGACAAAACGUGCAAAAGUUGUGUUCAAGAGGCGAUCUGACGCCGAAACCGCUUUCAACGGUGCUGGGAAAUAUAGCUUCUUUGGCCCUUCACUUAUCAGUUACCGCCUCAACUAUGCCCCAAAGCCGCGCAAAGUCUCUGUUCCAAACCGGGGAAGAAAGAAGAAAAGCACAAAGCAAAUAGAAUCCCAAGAAUAGGCGAGACAAACAGGUAUGACAGUUAGUUCUCUUCAUUGCUCAUAAUCUCAUCUUCAUUCCCUACCCUGUUUGACUUUUGGUUUUGAGAACAAAUCAAAUAGGCGGUUAGUAUUACCUUCUGAGGGGUAAUAAAAACUGGUUAGGAGAUGAUAAUCAAGAAAAAAUGGUAGGAGUAGGGAUAAUCGUAAUGUGUGAAUUUACAGCGGUAUCCCCAUGAGGUUCAUAUUUGCUUCUACUGUGUUAGAGUAAUAGAGUAUACUUGGGAACUGGCCUCCAUU